AUGGUGAGUCCGUCUGGGUGUGCAAGCUUUGCGAUGCCUAAUCAGAAGCCCUACCAAACAUUCUUCACCCCCUCUUCUCUUCUGCCGCAUCCGACGCCACCUUGCAGUCCGAGCUGCACUACACUGCGAACACGCAGCUCGAAGCGCUUCAUGCUCGCUAUACAGGCACGAUUCAUCCGGAUGUGACGAAGCACGAGUGGUUGUCGCACCAGCAUCGCGACACGCUCGCUAGCAUCGUCGGUCAUCCAAACUUGUUGAGCUUCAACGCUAUUGCGGAGGGAGAGUGCAGAGCUAGGAUCAAGCACGAGAUCUGCCAGGUGAGUGAUGUGCAGCGAGAUUGGCGAUCGGCUCGGUGUGUCCACGUAUGCGCUCGGAACGCCACUGAUGUAUCCGCUCUUUUUGCUUGCCUCGCAAUAGAAAAUGUUACAUCCUGUUGGACCACCUCCGCGUCAAGACGGCGAGUGA